AUGUCCGACACAGACAGACAAAAGCGAUCGUGGAGCCUGCCAUUUCUUGAAGAGGCGUUUCUCAGGCAAAGAAACGCCACUAGUUCUCUCCCUGGAAGAUGGGCUUUGAUCGUCCUCAACCAGCCUUUCCAUAGAGAACUCUUUGAUCUCGUGUGGAGUGCUUGUCAAUGGCGCGUUUUCGCGGAUGGAGGAUCCAAUCGUGUGUUUGAUCUUGUGGGCAGCGACUGGCGCAUAUACAAACCGAACCUCAUAACUGGCGAUCUCGACUCUAUCCGGCCCGAAGUUCAAGAACAAUACGCGUCACUUGGAGUCACUGUUAUCCCUGAUGCCGAUCAAUACGCGACCGACCUCAUGAAAUGCGUGAACGCGAUACGAACACUGGAACAAGAAGAGCCAGGGGAUGAGUAUUCUAUCAUUAUACUCGGAGGGUUGUCAGGACGUCUCGACCAGACCAUCCAUACUAUGUCAUACCUACACAAGCUUCGUAAACAGAGACGACAUGUGUUCGUAAUUACAGACGAUAACGUCGCAUGGGUCCUCGAUGAGGGCGAGCAUGAUAUUCAUCUGGAUAGAACGCAUCUUGGUCCUACUUGCGGACUGCUUCCAGUUGGAGUGGUGUCCUCCAAUCUUUCCAUGAAAGGCCUCGAGUGGAAUUGGACUGAACAUCAUUCGAGCUUUGAUGGAGACGUCUCAACAUCCAAUUGGCUCGCCAGUGACGAUAUUUGGAUCAAGACGACGGCACCCAUAUGGUGGAGUGUAGAGUUGAGACUUGGGACGAAAUGA